AUGGGUAACCCUAACUUUCCAUCCGACAUCAUACCUGAGAUUCUUUCAAGGCUACCAGUGAAGUCACUAUGCCGCUUCAGGUGUAUAUCAAAGUCAUGGCUUUCCUUAAUCGCCGACCCUGAUUUUGUCAAGAGACACCUUAACAAAGCUAUUAAGAGCAAGGAUAUUUUCAACCAAAGACGAAGGCUUAUAUUUACUGAUGAGUCACACAGUGAACUGCCAAAUAAUUGGGCUUUCUUGGUGUUUCACUCCAAUGGCUUGUUGCUGUGCCAGUUAUAUUACUGGGAUUUAUAUCUGGUUAACCCUGCAACAAGAGAAUCCAAGAAGCUACCACAGAUACCAGAUGUCGGAGAAGCGUAUUAUUUCGACCUCUUUGGUUUUGGAUUUGAUCACUCCUCUGGUGAUUACAAGGUUGUUAUGUUGUCAUAUUUGGAAGGUGGAAUUAUGUUCAGUGUCUACACAUUGAAAACUGGCUCUUGGCGAAUGAUUCAAACGCAAUAUCCCUACAAAUGUGACCUCAUGCGGCAUGGGAUCCUUCUAAAUGGAGGCCUUCAUUGGUUGUUGGAUAGAGUUGGAGUUGAACAUCGAUCGUCAAUGAUUAUAUCUUUCAAUUUAGCAUAG